UUCGUGUAUUGUUUUCUCCCCUUCCCGGGUGUAUAAGGAAAACUUUACGAAACUGUUUACAAUUCUAUUUAAAUCAACGUACAUUUUACAGUGCACCCAUCAUCAAAUAAAUUAUUAUCAUUCUGACCACCAUUUUCGAUGAAACCUUCACGCAGCAUUGCGAAUGGGCGAGAUAGGGAUCGGGAAAGGAGACGCUCGCGGAGUCGCUCCACUUCCAUGGAUCGGGAAAGGAAGCGUCUGAGGCGUUCCAGAAGCCGCGGCCGCGAAGACAACAGACGCAUCCGGCGGAGGUCACGGACACCGUCACCACGUAUGAGGCGGAGAAGCCGUUCGCCAGUGUAUCCCCGAGACAGAAAACACCGUCGCUCCCGAUCCCGUGGUGAACGCGAAGAAAGGCUUGAACGUGAUCGUGACAUCGACCGCCACCGUGAGCGAGAUGCUCGCCGUGAAAAAUCGCGCUCUCGAGAAAAGGAAGACAUCAAAGAAAAACCAGCUCCGGAACGCAUAAAAGAAGAAAUCAAAACUGAACCAGAGCCGGAGCCCGUUAUCGACAAAGAAGAAGAACAAAAGCGCCUCGAGUUGGAAAUGAUCAAGCGUCGCGAGCGAAUUGAACGCUGGCGUGCCGAACGCAAACUCAAGGAGCUUGAAAACAGCAAGAAAGAAAUCAAAACGAUCGCCAUUCCGGCUGCCAAGAAAUGGAGCUUGGAGAACGAUUCAGAGGACGAAGAAGACAGCAAGGACAAGAAACAGGACAAUGGGGAUGAUAAAGUGGAGGAGGAAGAGAUCGAUCCGCUCGAUGCCUUCAUGCAAGAAGUUGACAAGGAAGUAAGGAAGGUCAAUAAGAUCUCAAAGCCUGCAACAGCUGCUCCUGGAGCAGCUCAGAAUUCAGGUGGCGUCAUGAUUGUUACGGGAGUGGCGAAGAAAAUGACCACAAAAAGCAAAGGCGAGUUGAUCGAGCAGAACCAAGAUGGCUUGGAAUAUUCGAGUGAAGAAGAAUUUGAGGACAUCAAGGACGCCGCUGCGAGCUUGGCGAAUAAGCACAGAAAGGAAUUGGCGAAGAUUGACCAUUCCGGGGUUGAUUAUGCUCCUUUCCGGAAGAACUUUUAUGUUGAAGUGCCAGAGAUUGCACGGUUGACGCAACAAGAGGUGGACAAAUACAAGGAAGAAUUGGAGGGGAUUCAAGUGAAAGGCAAAGGAUGUCCGAAGCCAAUCAAGACCUGGGCGCAAUGCGGUGUAUCGAAAAAGGAGCUCGAAGUUCUCAAAAAACUCGGUUUCGAAAAACCAACUCCAAUCCAAUGCCAAGCUAUACCCGCAAUAAUGUCAGGACGUGACCUCAUUGGUAUCGCAAAAACUGGCAGCGGUAAGACUCUGGCAUUUAUUCUUCCCAUGUUCCGACAUAUCCUCGAUCAACCACCAUUGGAGGAUGGGGACGGACCAAUUUCUAUCAUCAUGACACCAACUCGUGAGUUGUGCAUGCAAAUCGGCAAGGAUAUCAGGAAGUUCUCUAAAUCUUUGAAUCUGAGGGCUGUGUGCGUUUAUGGCGGUACAGGAAUUUCAGAGCAAAUUGCAGAGCUGAAAAGAGGAGCAGAGAUAAUCGUUUGUACGCCAGGACGGAUGAUUGACAUGCUGGCGGCAAACUCGGGGAGAGUAACGAAUUUAAGACGCGUCACAUAUAUUGUGCUGGAUGAAGCUGACAGGAUGUUCGAUAUGGGUUUUGAGCCACAAGUAAUGCGCAUCAUCGACAAUAUCCGUCCCGAUCGGCAAACUGUUAUGUUCAGUGCUACUUUUCCACGCCAAAUGGAAGCCUUGGCGCGGAGAAUUCUAAAGAAGCCCAUUGAAGUUCAAGUUGGAGGACGUUCCGUCGUAUGUAAGGAUGUCGAACAGCACGUCGCAAUAUUGGAGGACGAGGCGAAAUUCUUCAAGCUCUUGGAACUGCUGGGUCAUUAUCAAGAACACGGUAGCAUCAUUGUAUUUGUCGACAAACAAGAAAACGCCGACAUCCUUUUAAAAGAUCUCAUGAAAGCAUCAUAUCCCUGCAUGAGUCUCCAUGGUGGAAUCGAUCAGUUCGAUCGCGAUUCGACCAUGUUGGACUUUAAAUCUGGAAAGGUGCGUUUACUCAUUGCUACUUCUGUUGCGGCCAGAGGUCUCGAUGUUAAAGAUUUGAUUUUGGUUAUCAACUAUGACUGCCCGAACCAUUAUGAGGAUUACGUUCACAGAUGCGGUCGCACAGGGCGAGCUGGCCGCAAAGGCUUCGCGUGGACAUUCCUUACAGCAGAUCAAGGACGCUAUGCAGGUGAUAUAAUACGCGCUUUAGAACUUUCAGGUGGUAAAGUGCCUGAUGAUUUGCAGAAUCUGUGGGACACUUACAAAGCAACCCAAGAGGCAGAGGGUAAAAAAGUUCAUACAGGCGGUGGAUUCAGCGGCAAGGGAUUCAAAUUCGACGAACAGGAAGCGAACGCCGUCAAAGAAAGUAAAAAAUUACAGAAAGCUGCUCUCGGACUGGCCGAUUCGGAUGACGAGGAAGAUAUUGAGAAUGAUAUUGACCAGCAGAUUGAGAACAUGUUCGCCGCAAAGAGGAACGUUAAGGAGGCUGCUGUGGUCCCAGCGAAUGGCGCUGCGCCUUCUACCGCUGUUGUUUCUGGAACGGCUACAACUACCACAACGACGGCCACUACUAACCCGGCAAGUCUUUUGGAUCCGGCAGUACUUGCUGCCGCGGGUGUCGCUCCUGCAGCUCCUGGAACGCCUCCUGGUCCCAUUUCAACCGACAAGCUUGAAUUGGCUCGUCGUCUGGCUUCGCGAAUCAACGUGGCUAAAAAUCUGGGUUACGAAGCCAAAGGCGCUACUCAACAAGCGGCCGAAGCCAUCCUCAAAGGAGCUGGUUCGCAGCCUCUAAUAACCGCUCGUACCGUUGCCGAACAACUUGCUGCGAAACUCAACAACAAACUCAACUACCAACCGAAAGAGGACGAGGAAGGUCUUCUCCCCGGACAACAAAAUCUGUUCACCAAAUACGAAGAAGAAUUGGAAAUUAAUGACUUCCCACAGCAAGCGCGGUGGAAAGUCACGUCAAAGGAGGCGCUCGCACAAAUUUCCGAGUAUUCGGAAGCCGGUCUCACAGUACGUGGUACUUACGUUCCACCUGGCAAGAACCCUCCCGAAGGCGAGCGGAAACUCUAUUUGGCUAUUGAGAGCUGUAGUGAAUUAUCUGUGCAGAAAGCUAAAAGGGAGAUUACGAGGUUGAUUAAGGAGGAGCUGCUAAAAUUGAGUUCGGCGCAUCAUGUAUUCAACAAGGGACGUUACAAAGUUCUGUAAAGUGUUAAGAUUCAGAACAAUUGUAAUUUACUUGGGUUUAGUAUAUGACUAUGAUGAUAUGCAGUGUGAAAUAGUAAUGGAUAAUUAUAAAUAAAAUAAUUUUAAGUA